UUCAUUUAUAACCUAGAAGCAUCAAAGAAAUACAUCGUACUACACAAAAACUAUUGCAAUUAUAUUAUUAUAAAAAAUAUUAAAUUGGUGUGAACAGUUCCUUUAAAACAUGACGAUUGUAGAAUAUGUGACUUCGCUAGCCCAAAACCCUUAUUUCGGGGCGGGUUUCGGAUUGUUCGGCGUUGGAGCGAGUGCUGCAAUUUUACGGAAAGGAUUUCAAACCUCUAUGAUAUUAUUUCGACGGCACUGCAUGAUCACACUUGAAGUGCCAUGUAGAGACAAGUCUUACCAAUGGUUACUACAGUGGAUAACUCAGAAAGGCGCCAAACAGACGCAACAUUUGAGUGUAGAAACUUCUUUCCUUCAGAAGGACACCGGACAAAUCAAAACUAAAUACGACUUUAUUCCCAGUGUAGGUCAGCAUUUUUUCAGAUAUCGUGGAGCCUGGAUCAAAGUAGACCGCACCAGGGAACAACAUACUCUGGAUUUGCAUAUGGGGGUUCCAUGGGAAACAGUCGUCUUGACAUCCUUUGGUAGCAAUAAGCAGCUAUAUUAUGACAUACUUGAAGAAGCUCGGACAAUGGCACUGAAGCAGCAUGAAGGCAUGACCAUCAUGUACACAGCAAUGGGGGCCGAGUGGAGACCAUUCGGGCACCCGCGCCGCAGGCGCCCUUUGCACAGUGUAGUCUUGCGCGCGGGCUUGACAGACAGAAUCCUGGAGGAUUGUCUGGACUUCAUCAACCAUCCACAGUGGUAUACAGAUAGAGGGAUACCUUACAGAAGAGGUUACCUGCUGUAUGGCCCACCUGGUUGUGGAAAGUCAUCGUUCAUUAUGGCCUUAGCUGGAGAAUUGGAGUAUAACAUCUGUGUACUUAAUCUAUCUGAGAGGGGCCUUACCGAUGACAGACUAAACCAUCUACUUAGCGUAGCGCCACAACAGUCGAUAAUCCUACUGGAAGACAUCGACGCAGCCUUCGUGUCGCGCGAGGACACGCCCUCGCAGAAGGCGGCGUACGACGGCCUAAACCGCGUCACGUUCAGCGGGCUGCUCAACUGUCUGGAUGGCGUUGCUUCCACGGAGGCUAGGAUAGUCUUCAUGACCACUAAUUAUUUGGAAAGGUUGGACCCUGCGCUAAUUAGGCCCGGCAGGGUCGACAUGAAAGAGUACGUGGGCUACUGCGACCAGCAACAAGUUGAACUCAUGUUUUUGAGGUUUUACAAAGGAGAUGGAGCUGCAGAGCAUGCGAGGAUUUUUGCCGAGAAUGUAAUGCAAAAUAACAAGAAAGUCAGCCCUGCACAGAUACAAGGCUACUUUAUGUUCCACAAGCAUUCGCCUCCGGCCGAAGUGGUCAAAGAUUUCCAGUCGAUUUGGACCCUUGGCUAAAAUAUACAGCUACCAACUUUAUUAUAAGUUCCAGAAGAUCGCCAAAGCCGCUGUCAAUCCACUGGUCUUAUUGGAAUCGAUAGAUUCCAGACAGGAGGUUUGCCAUCGUUCUCCGAGUAGACCGCUCUUGAUGAAUCGAAAAACGCUAUGUGCCCAAUUUGUAAUGCACGCGGUAGUCUCUUUUCAACCUCAUGAGUUAGAAAGAGAUUUUGGCAUAUAUCAGGCACAGUUUAUUAGCGUUUAUCAAACUGAUCGUAGAUAGGCGUGGCUCACUCCGCGAUUUCGUCACUUUGCUACAGGUAGCUAGAAGUACAUCCGUUCCACACCAAUUUUGGGGAAGCCAUAAGCCGCGCGUGGCGCUGUCGCCACCUAGCGGCCAUAUCUGUGCUGAUCGUAACAGACGCGUUUUGUUAGAGAGUGAGUCUUCUGUACCUAGUACUAUUAUUUAUUAUGUGCCGUAGAUCACAUUUAAUAGAAAAACAAGUAAAGAUGCGGCUUCGCGAACAGUUUGUUCAAACUAGGUGCACCAGGGGCAAGUAGGUACCUAAAGUGGCAUUUCUCAUGUAUUUUCUAUGAUAAAGUAUUUAUAUAUGAUGUUUCCAAGUAAAUGGGCUUCUCUAUGUAGCUAUGUAUGUAUUAUGGCGACUGUACAUACAUUCGACAAGUGAUCUAUUAUUUAUCUUGGUAUAAAAUUAUAUUUAAACGGUAUUAGAAUUUUGAUUGUUUGAAGAUUUACACCUUUACUUUAAAUAAACUGUAGCUAUAUGUUUUAGAAUUUUGAAGUGUGAAUGUGAAUGAAACAAAUGAUAUACUAAUGUAGUUGUAGUUUACUUGCUAUUUCAGUCAGUCUCGGUACAAAAAGUACUGAGGUUGACUGAAGUAGCAUGACAAAUACGAACGUUUCCGAGAAAAUACGAUGGAAAACAAUAUGCACUACAUCUGUACAAAGAUUUAACUUCACACACAGUGGUGAAAACAGUAUGAAGAUAAAAAAUCAAAACGAGGCUAAUGGUGACCUCUCUCCUCGAUUCAAUAGCUGAUUGAUUGGCAUUAAGACAGAUGCUAAUUGUGGGUUUAUUUUAGGCAUCAAUCAGAAAUAGAUACUUAGUGAUUUAUGAUUUGUUGACGUUAUUCAAACAAAUGUAAUUUUUAAACAAAUUGUAUUUUUUUUAUAAGAACAAUUAACUUAUAUUACAUAUCCUUUUUAGGAAAAUCACAUAAUAACCACAAACUUGUCUCAUCCAAUGAUACAAUAUCAUACAACAUAAUACUAAGAUUGGCUUGAUCUUAGGGGUUUUGUCUAUGGUAUAUGUCAUUGAACGAAUGACCGAAUACCAAAAAAAAAACAGACAGUGAAUGAGGUAAAUCUCACACUUUCUCUAUAAUUUAUAGAUUUGAUUACCUUCUUCACAAAAGUAACAGAGAAGAAUAAAUAGCUAACAUAGAAAUCGUUGAAUAACACUGCACAUUUAAGCCAAUGAACGAUAUCUCAAAUCAAAGUUGGAUGUAAACUUAUACCAUAAAAUCUAACAUCAUUUGUUUAUGAGAUAGCGCUAUUGGGUUUAUGAGGGCAGAAAAAUAUGUAAAAAAAUACCCAGAGCUUUAGAGACUGUACGUACGCGUCAAUUAAAUAAAUUUUAUUUUAGACCUGACAGAUGGUUUUAUUUAAUACGUUUUAUUAUUAUCAUAAGUUCAUAACCUUUAAAUGCAUAAAUGGGUGAUAUGCUAAAAAAAUACAUAGACCAAAACAGCAACUAGAGUUAGACCACGGAAAUUCUGCAGCGAUUUUAAUAGCCCACACAUUGCAAGUGUUAUUGCAAACGUUGAACUUCUAUGAAAUUAUGACGUAUAAAUAACACUUGCACUGCGUGGGCUAUCAAAAUAGUCUUAUUUUAAUUUGUGUUACCGAGAUUAUUCAAUUUUAAUUUAAGUUACAUGCAUGUAAGCAUGUUGACGUAAGCUGUAAAUGUAGGCUUAAAACGCUUACUGUGUGGUGAAUUGAGUGGUCGCCAAGAUCGUCUAAUUUUACAGCUCCUUACUUUUUUAUGUUGGGCUGUCUAACAAACCGACGAAUCUGGAAUGAACAGUAGGAUGCGUUUCGACCAGAUAUGUGCGAGGAAUCGAGGAUGCGAUGCGAGGGAUUUGUUUGUUAAGAACCAAUACAAUCACUUCAUUUGUUUUCCUCGCUCAGCGAGCAAUGAUUCUAUUGGUUCUUAAAAACACAUGUUUUUCAACGCAUCCUCGCAAGAAAUAAUUUGGGUGAUGGUUAAUGAAAACCCAUGGUACCUAAAUACGUGCUAGACCUCCAUGAAAAGACAUGCUCCGUAAGUUAAAGGAUUAGUAAAUUCCGGAUCUUACUCAACCCGGAGAUAGAUAUAAUAAGCCGAACCACCAUAAUCCUAUGUUGCCUGGUCUGCGUACUGGUCAAAUUGACUAUGUGUGUAACCAAGAAAGAGAAAACCCACUCUCGAAUCGAAUGGCCCCACCUCGUAUCCAUGUCAUUUAAAUAAAUACAUAGUUUUAGCGUGAGUCAGUUAAUUCCUGAAUUGAGCCCCAUUUACUUAACAUUAUAUCUUUUUGAUACCUACGACACAGACAUAUUACAUAUACUAAGAACUGGUCACUUACGUACGUAAGAUGAAUAGAAUAAAACAUUAUUUUAUGUUAUAAGUAAUUAAAGUAAAAUAUAUUAAGAACGGGUCACUCACGUAUUUUAAGCCGAAAAACGCUCGACAUGUUCACUUUCGGUACGGAGUAAAACUUAUAACAUAAAAUAAUGUUUUAUUCUAUUCUAUUCAUCUUUGAUCGAAACGCACCCUUAAAACAGAAUAGGUAUCCGAGACAGUCACUGAGCUAACGCCGUAAAAUUGUACACGCAAUGAAAAGGGGUGCCCCUUAAUACGCCUAACAUUAAUUGGCAUAAUAUGAAUUCGCAUAACAGUUUUGGCAUAACAUAAUUGUGCAUAACAUUGAACAGGCAUAAUAUUAAAACCGGGCAAGUGCGAGUCGGACUCGCGCACGAAGGGUUCCGUAUCAUAUUGCGAAAAAAAACGAAAAAAAAGCAAAAAAAAAAACGGUCACCCAUCCAAGUACUGACCACUCCCGACGUUGCUUAACUUUGGUCAAAAAUCACGUUUGUUGUAUGGGAGCCCCAUUUAAAUCUUUAUUUUAUUCUGUUUUUAGUAUUUGUUGUUAUAGCGGCAACAGAAAUACAUCAUCUGUGAAAAUUUCAACUGUCUAGCUAUCACGGUUCGUGAGAUACAGCCUGGUGACAGACAGACGGACGGACGGACGGACGGACGGACGGACAGACGGACGGACGGACGGACAGCGAAGUCUUAGUAAUAGGGUCCCGUUUUACCCUUUGGGUACGGAACCCUAAAAAGCAUACCACUUAUUGCGCAUAAUAAUGAAUCCGCAUAAUUUAAAUAUGCAUAACAUUAUUAACUAUAACUUUAUUUGGCACAAAAUGAAUUAGCAUAAUUUAAUAAAGCAAGAGAAUUAGAUGGAUCAAGGCAAAACCAACUCGGUUAGGUCAGGUUCACAAGGCCAAGGCAGGAUCGAGCGAAACGAAGCGAAGCUUUUGUAACAAAUAAUACAUUAUUAAGGCGUAGUAAGUUCGUGUUCUUCUUUUUAGAGCACCGUACAAAACUUUGUUAGAGCACCGUACAAAACUUUGUUCACGGUGCUCUUAUGGGAUCACUUCGGUCUUGCAAAUCGGUUAAAUGCGUUUUUCUCAAAGACCGUUUGAUGUAGGUACCUAAAAUUUGGAAUAGUUAUGGCAAGUACCAUCGCUUACACAGUGAAUAAGUCAAAACUGCUUAUUUCUGAUUUUAGGGGGUUAGAGGGGUAGGCUGAAUUUUAUUUUCAAUUGUAAGAAUCGUGUGAGGUACCAUUAGAAAGCUUGCAAAAAAUUGAGUCGAUGGACUGAUUUUGACUUCAUUUUAGAGUGCAGUAGUUUCGAUAAAAAAUGCAUUUAAAGUUGCAAGUUUUCAUACAAAAAUUUUCACCUCUGUCCUGGCGAUUUUCGCGAAAACUAUAGCUAACAGGCAGCUGACCAGUCAAUAUCCAACCAAAACAAGUAUGAAGACGGCGGGAAAAUUAUCAGGUUAACUUUAUCUUUAUUAGUUUUUCAACUGCAGCCUGAUCUUUGGUUGCUUAGGGCUAGCUAACUGAUGCUUACACUGGUCAUUCAUAUUAGGAAGUAGUUUUAGCGAGAAAGAUCCUGACUUAAAACUUUGGCAUUGAAAUUUAUGACUUAUGUCUUUGAUACAACUUACUUACUUUUGUGGGAUAUUUCAUUUUUUUUCUGAAUAGCCUACUAUAAGUAUGAGAGAGAAAAAGAUCUACAAAAUACAACCUUGUUAUAAUGCAAAUAAGUUUAAAUUUCGAACGGGCUUUCCAACCAAUGGAAUAUCUCAAUGUGCUCAGUAAGAAUCAUAUUUAUUAUUGCAGUUUAUCUGAAAAAUUCAAAUUAAGAAUUCCGUUCUUCACUGUCGUUGUGUUUUUUUUUCACAACAGAGCACAUAGAGUUGGUAAAGCGUAUAGAGAUAAUAAAGUCAUUUAAUAUUUAUUAACAGCUAUGGACUCAUCUAUAGAUUUUACUGAGAGUAUCUGAUUCGUCGAAACAAUAUUCCUUUUCACUAACUACCAUUACAUUUAUGUAUUAAUUGUAUACAGUAUGUAUUAAUUAUUGUAUACAGUAUGUAUAUUUUUGAACGGAUCGGCCAGAGCAGCAACCAGAUCCCGUUCUGAAUGAAUGAAUUAAUGUUUCUUUAUUCAGGCUAUAGACCUGUUAGUUCUGUUAGUAGUAGUUCUGUUCUGUUCUGUUCUGUCACGAAAAAAGAAUUUUGGAAGACCUAGAUAGUAUAUGACAGUUAUAAUUCACAGUUUUUGGAAACAAAUGUAAAGAUGACGAAAUAUAAAGUAACUUUAUAUUUCGUCAACCUUACAGCCAGCGACAAAAAUGUACUCGGUACUCAUGAAUCCCAGUUCUACUAAAAUAUUUUUUCUUUUAAAAACUGAUUUACAAUAAGUCCAAAAUUGUGCGGUAAGGUAGGUUUAUAUUAAAAUUAUACGCAAUUCUUCGUAGCAACACCGCCAAGUGGACGAAAACAGGUACUGGACGGCAAACUGACGCAAUUACCCUACUUGUACUAAAACUUAGACAUUUAUUAUUACUUAUUUCUGUGACUUAUAUGAAACAUGAGCAAAUUGAUUAAUACUUUACGUUAAUUACAUUUUGUGUCAGAAACAAGUCUAAACGUCGAAAACCGAGAAAUGCCGAAUCCUCAACUUAAUUGAAAUAUUAUUCCUUUUUUAGUCGUGCCUGCCCAGUCUACAAGUUUAAAAUACAACAAUUGCAACAAAGAUUAUCAUGAGGUUGUAUGUAUACCUAGUAUUUUUGACGGAUUUAGUUUUUCAUGCUCGAAGUUGCUUGUCAACUCUCACGUAUAUUAAAUUGUCAACUAUUUUGGUGUUUGAAAGAAUCAAUAAUAUUGAAAAUGUUCAGACAAGUGGAAGAAUAUACUUCAAUAUGUUAUAGAUGCUAGUAAGAUGUAAAAACAACAGUUUAGCGGAAUGUCAGUUUACGAAAUGGUUUGUGUGUUAGUGCUGGAAAGCUGUAAUUUGGUAUGGAUAUAUAAAAUCAACCCGACAAGGUGAUAAAUAAAAUCUCUAAUCUCUAAAAAAUAUAUCUAAGAUAGAAGCUUCUUCACUACCUAUAUUACCUAUACUAGCCCAGAGGCCUUUAAUAACAGUCCAAACUCCAAGGUCCCAGAGCUCCCAGACAUUACUUAUUUCCUCGUGAAUAAAAUGUAUGGGAUAAAUUAGUAUUGGUAUCCAAACUUUAAACCGCCUAGGGAUGCGUGGUACGGUGCUCUGAACACCGUAGUCUUGACUUCGUGCUUGGCCAAUUAUUUUUUUAAUAACUUUAGGAUUUUUUAGGUUUUGGAAAUAAUUUUCGUAUUUCGAUUUAUUUGUGCAAAUUUUUUAAAAGUGCAUUUUAGAGCUAUUUUAGUGAUUUUUUUAUCGAACAAUAGUCAAAAACUCAGGAUUCGCAUUGCUGAAGUCCUUAGAGAAAGGCCGCAAGAUUGCUAAUUACAUUUUUGGCAACCGUAUUGUGAUAUUUGUGAUGUAAAAAAGCGCUACAUUAAAUUAAAGUUCGUUCUCUGGACCUACUGAACCUUAAAAGAGCCGCUCUGUCUACAUUUGUAUUAAUUUGCCUUUUAUAUUUAUACCAUUUAAUAAUUAUGCAAAGUAACUUUAUGCUUAUUAUAUUUAUCCCAAGUCAUCGUUAUGACAAUUUACGUUAUGCGCAUUAACAUUAUGCGUAUUCAGUUAUGCGGAAUAAUGUUAUGCUAUUUAGAAAUUAUGCGUAACAUACGUUAUGCCAAUUUGAAUUAGGAGUAUUACGUUAUGCGAAUUAUAUAGACCCAAUGAAAAGAAAAGGUUGCUGCUAGAGGUGGAUGGAUGGAUGCGCUAAUUCGAUUUGCACUAAGCUGAAUUAUUUAAUCCAGUAAAUUUGUCGAAUUUUGUAACCAGGCUCUUUUGAGUCAAAUCCGGUAGUUCUGAUUUUUUGCAGACUUAUUUCCGUACACGGCGGGAAGAAGUUGAUAUCUCGCGGGAAAAAAUUGAAGAAAUUUGAACCUUAUGUAAGUUUAUUUUAAGUUCUAAUUUCUUUACUAGAAUAUCUCGAGUUAUCAACUUCUUCCCGCCGUGUACGGAUUUAUGAUGUUGGCUCAAUGAAUAAUCCAAGUUUGUGACCUCGAGCGCCGAACGCAACUUUGUCAAAAA